AUGUUGGGUGUCAGCAAUGUUCAUCCUGCUUCCCUAGCCACAUUGCCAACCAACCAUUUAGAAGCCAGCUCUUCCCACUACCUCAACACUGCCCAGCCCCUCUCUCCUCUGAGGGGCACCAUAGAACUGGGCAGAAUCCUCGAGCCUGGGUACUUGGGCAGCAGAGGCCAGUGGGACAUGAUGAGGCCUCAGAAAGGGAGCAUAUCUGGGGACCUAUCUUCAGGCUCCUCCAUGUACCAGCUUAACUCCAAACCCACAGGGACUGACCUGCUAGAGGAGCACCUUGGUGAAAUCCGGAACCUGCGCCAGCGCCUGGAGGAGUCCAUCUGCAUUAACGACCGCCUGCGGGAGCAGCUGGAACACAGGCUCAGCUCCACUGCCCGCGGAAGCGGACCCACCUCUAACUUCUACAGUCCGGGCCUGGAGUCCACACCUCAGCUCUGCAAUGAGAACAGAGUCCUUAGGGAAGAAAACCAGAGGCUUCAGGUUCAGCUCAGUCAUGUUUCCAGGGGGUGGAGGCAGACCUCUUCUCCACGGUGGCUGCUUUCAGUGCAGCUCUGA